AUGCCUAACGUCGGUAGACCCAGCAAGGACUGUCACCUUUGCCGAAAGAGGCGUGUCAAGUGCGACUUGACUAGACCCUCUUGCCAACGUUGCAUCAAGUAUGGCACCGAGUGCCCGGGAUAUCGGAAUGUGCAGGACCUGAUCUUUCGGACCGAGGACCCUGCGUCUGCAGGGCGAGAUCAAGCCAAAAAGGAAAGAGCAAGGACAACGAGGAGGUCCCCAACCUCUGUGCUCUCCAGUUCUCAUCCCGUUGGUUUCCCGAGCGACGAUGUCUCCUCAACGUCUGGAACAUCGUCGUCGUUCUCUGGAACAAGACACCCAAUGGCUCGAUGUCGCAGCUUUCUCCCGCCAUACGCGGCAUCAAAUGCUUCACCGAUUGUAACCUUACCCCACGAACUGAAGGAACCUUGGACGACUCAUUCCAUUCCUUUACUCAUGAGCUGUUACUCCUCCAUGACUUUCCUUGCCAAGCUCUACAGCAGCGUCACUACUUCCGAGGACCCUUUUGUUCUUUCGACCCAUCUCUGGGCCAAGGCAUACUUGAUUAGUCGCUUCAAUGCGCCCCAUGACCGCCGCGAGACAGCCGAAUACCUCGGCAGGACCCUGAGGUCUCUCUCCCUUGCUCUCCAGGACCGACGGAAAAAAGCCUCGGACACCACCGUCAUGGCCGUCUGGAUGUUGAGCAUAUACGAGGUUCAGAUUGGCGGACUCACCAACCGCUCCGACUCCCCAAGCCCAUGGGAUGUUCACUCACAAGGGCUUAUGAGCCUCCUUCGCGCAAGAGGUUCGACCCGGUUCCUCACCGAGAUCGGAUGUGCCGUCUUCUGGUGCGCGUAUAACAUUAUACAAAUCCAUUGUCUGAUGACGAACACCGAAUGUCCACCUGAAUCCUGGGACUGGAUACGGAAUCUUUCGGCCAAGGGCGUAGAUGAAGAAGAAUCAUUCUUGCUGGGCAUUCUCCGCUAUCUUAACCACACAUGCUCCAUCGUUUCCAUCGUCAUGCCCCUUGUCCAGCACGGCUUAUUCCUCGACGCAUGCACCAACUACGACGAGCUCGUGCGACAAGCAGACGCCGCGGAAAGAAGCAUUGUGCCCUGGAUGGGUUUUUUUCGCGCAACAGCCGGCGGUGCUGAUGCCACCACCCGUUAUUUCCUCAACGUGUGGUGGAGUGCACGCAUCAAACUGCACCACAUGUUAGUGCUGCUAACUAACCUAGUAGCAGACGCCCCGGUUCGGACCCCGUCUCUGCAUUCCGCCGACCUGCAGUCUAGGAGGGCAUCCUAUCUUGCAAUCGUUGCCGAGGCGGCCCGGGAUAUCAUCGACGACAUGCCUGUCUCUCUCGGCGGUCUGUCAGGAGAGUCUGAGACUACUGGCACCCAUGCAGCAGACUGGUACGAAGGGGUGCGCCUCGUAUGGCCACUUACCGUCGUGUACACCGUCAGGACGGUUCCAAAAGACCUACGACUCGCUGCGAGGACGGCUUUAUUUUUCAUCGGGAAGCACAGAGGAAUUAUACAAGCACUGAAGAGCCGACCUGGGACCACGACGUACGUGCCCCAGGCGAUGACUGGCAUUCCCGUCGACGACCUCCUCGACAAUCCCGAACUUGUUCCCGAACUUCCUCAUCAGAGUGGGCUGCUAUGA